AUGCAUACUUCCGUCGUCUCAGCACUCCUCUUUGCCGCGUGUGCCUUUUCCCUUCCCGCAGAGCAAAAGAAGAGCGUUGUCGCUCGCACAGCUCCAGCCACUCCGCUGCUAAUCAGGGGGUGGAAUGUCACCGACCCGACCUGCAAUCUGGACAACAUUCAUGCCCUGGGAUUCAUGGGUCCCAACGAGGACACCUGGGGCAACGGAGGUUGGUACACCACCUACUCCUUGAGUCGCGCUUUAGCCGCCAACGAGACACUCAAUCUAUUCGCCUCAGCUGGUGGUAACAACUGUGGCACAUUCUUGUACUCUGUCCCUGCCGGUACGGCAAAUGGCUGUUAUGAGCUUGGCGACAAUCAGGAAUUCUCUUGUAUGCAGAUGGGUACCCCAGCAUAA